AUGUCGUUCAGAGAUUCCGAAACAAUAUUUGACGAUGAUCCUUGUAUCAAGGAGUACCUGCUGACCAAAAAGUGUAUGGGGGAGAAAGGCCACGAGCACUGUCAAGAUGUCUUGAGGAAUUACGAACACUGCCGAUACUUUUGGUCGUGGAUCGAGUCCAUGCGAGACCAGGAAGGCAUCAAACCAGCCAUGCCACCCCCAGAGGAGCGAGAGGAGGUCAAACAAAGAUAUCUGCCCUUGCUGAAGCCUCCAUCGCCGCGUUUACCUUGA